AGGAAGAUGCAAUAUUGAGGCUCAGAGAGAAAUUUGACUCAACAACUGGCGAAGGUUUGAGUUUCAAACCUUCGCGAGUUGAGAUGAUUACGACACUUUUAUGGAGGUCACUUAUCCGUUCCACAUGAAGUACUUCACAUUUGAAACGGUCUAUAAUGGCAUUUCCAAUUAACUUACGUGGUAAGGUAGCAACUUUUCCUGAAAUUGCUAACUCUUUUGGGAAUCUUAUUAUCGAAAUUCCAAUAAAAUUUGAACACGACAAUGAAACAAAAAUGGAGUCGUUGCAUCACAUUGUAAAACUAAUAAGAGAGUCAGUUCAAGUGAUUAUCAGUAAAUGUGUCAAAGCUAUUCCGGAUGAAAUAGUUUCUUUGGUUAUCAACUUAUACAAGGAUAAUUACGCCGGAUUAGAAUGGGGAGGAGACAAUGAAGUUGUGAAUUUUACAUGCGCAAGUUUAUGUAGGUUCCCCGUACAAAAAACUGAUUUUGGUUGGGGAAUACCAAGUUUGAUGCACUUUGGGUCAAGACAUAGCCAAGUUUUUUGGUUGUAUGAUACUGAAUGUGAGACUGGAAUUGUUGUGCAAAUGGAUUUGGAGGAAAAGUACCUGGAUAAACUUGCAUGUGACCAAGAUAUCAUGUAUUUUGCUAAAUUUUAGGGUUUUUAUUUUCAUGUUCUUUCUUCAUUUAAUUUGUACUCCCUUUGUUUUAAUUUAAGUACGUGUGUGUUGCUAUUGUUUUUCUUUGGUUUGUUUUGAAUAUGAAUGUCAUUUUCUAUGAACACCCUUUGACUA